CUGAACUAGAGGAAAGUUCGCUCUCCGGAGCUCUGAACGCGCUGGGCAGGGUACAUCGCUCCACCCCGAUGGCCAUGGAGCUCAGCAGGUGUGCCACUGUCUUGGAGAAUGUGGCAAAGUACUUCAUAGACCGUUCCGGUAGCACACGCUACACUAUAGAAGCGCUGUCCGCCAUCGACUCCCAGGACGUGACAAGUGUUUGUGACGACACCUCCAUGAUGCCGAUCACGUGCCCUACACCAGCCGUCCCAGAGUUCCGUUCGGCAAACGGCCGUUGUAACAACCGGAACCACCCCCUGUGGGGAAGUAGUGAGCAACCCUUUAGAAGGCUGCUGCAGCCAGAAUACGGCGACGGUCUCAUGACACCUCGGACCACUGGACAUGACGGCGCCCCCCUCCCCAGCGCGCGGCUGGUCAGCACGACCAUGCACGAGGACCUGCGGAAAUCCAGCCCGGUCAACACCCACAUGGUCAUGCAGUUCGGACAGUUCCUGGACCACGACAUCACUCUCACCCCCAACUUUCAGGAAGAAGGUCUCGUCUGUACCUGUGGUACCGAUUGCGAAAAGGAAGAACGCUGUUUCAACAUCAACAUCCCUUCUGACGACCCUGACUUCGCCGCUGAGAGCCGCUGCUUGCCGUUCGCUCGCUCCCGAUCCUGUCCGAACGAAGGGUGCCACAUGGGCCGCCGGCAGCAGCUGAACCAGCUCACCGCCUUCGUGGACGCCUCCAACGUCUACGGCUCCUCGGACGAAGAGAUAGAAGAGCUCAGAGAACACACUGUUGGUUCGAAACACGUUACAUGUCCGACAGGCUACCAACGCUUCCAUCAAAAAUGCUUUAAGGCCUUCCCCACAUCCAAAGACCGAACCUGGCUUCUGAAGGCCUGCAUGGAAGACGACGGUUUUCUGGCCAUGCCGAAAGACGCCGCCACUAACGCGUUCCUGGUCCAGCUGAAGGAUGCGGUUCGAAAUGACGUCAUCUUCUACAUCGGACUGGAUGAUGAAACCACCGAAGGACAGUGGCGCUUUGCUGACGGAACCAGAUUGGGUUCCUACAACAACUGGAACUCAGGAGAACCAAGCAAUUCAGCGAGUAAAGACUGCGUGGUUUUGCUGCCAGGAGUGGGAGGCAAGUGGAGCGUCAGAAGUUGCUCCAGCGGGUAUUUCAUCUGCCAAGCUCGGCCAAUCCCAUCCGGUGUCAAUCUUGCCUUGGGACGACCCACGGCACAGAUCAGCACGCAUUCGGGGGGAGUGGCCGAACGGGCGGUGGACGGCAACACUGACUUGAACUUUGGUGGAGGCUCCUGCAUCCACACUAGCAGGCAAAGCUACCCCUGGUGGCGUGUAGACCUGGGCACGUCACAAGCCAUCGAAACAGUCGUCGUCUUCAACGGACAAAACUAUUACAGCUAUCUGAACAACUUCCGCGUUCACGUCGGGGACUCUCCCACCGUGACGUCCAACCCGCAAUGCGGCGGGAACCACGGCGUGACAUCAGGGCGACAGAAGAUCACAGUGGACUGUGACGGUCGAAGGGGCCGAUAUGUGGGCAUCUCACUCCCUACCACCCAAUAUCUCGUUCUAUGUGAGGUUCAGGUUUAUGGAGGAGCACACGGCCUACUGAAGUCCAGACCGAACCCUGAAGACUCCAACAAGAAGGAGCUCCUGCCCGCCGCCAUUGCGGAAGAAUUUGAGUGUCACGAGUAUCCUGGGAACGAGACGUGCUCGCAGGCUGGGGACGUCCGUGUGAACGAGCAGCCGGGACUGACCUCCAUGCACACCGUCUUCCUGCGGGAACACAACAGGAUCGCCAGGCGGCUCUCCCAACUCAACCCGCACUGGGACGACGAUCGGGUGUUCUUCGAGACCAGGAAGAUCGUCGGCGCGCUGAUGCAGAAGAUCUCGUACGGGGAGGACCUUCCUCACGUUCUCGGUCCGGCCGCCAUGACCAAGUUUAACCUGACCCUCGGUAAGAGCGGGUUCUACUCCGGGUACGACGCGAGCGUGAACCCCACCAUCUCUAACGUCUUCGCCACGGCAGCCUACCGGUUCGGCCACAGUCUGGUUAACGAACAUCAGCUCCGCCUUACUCCGGACUUUAACCAGGGCAGCAAGUGCCCGCUACAGCUUGCCUUAGGUUUCUUCAAUCCAUCCCACGUCCUCAACAACGACCUAGGCGGCCCGGACUCCAUCCUACGGGGACUGACCACCCAGCCACAUCAGGACUUCGACCGGUUCAUUGUCUCGAGCCUGACGAAGCAUCUGUUUGCGGAUCCUCCCGGGUCGCUCGGCCUGGACCUGGCGGCUCUGAACAUCCAGCGGGGCAGAGACCACGGGCUGCCCGGCUACAACGCCUGGAGGGUGAGGUGUGGUCUGCCAAAAGCAAAUAGCUUUGAAGAAUUGGUGUUUGAAAUCCCAGACCGUUACAUCCGAAUGAGGCUGGAGGAUUUAUACAGCCACGUGGACGACAUCGACGUGUUCGUGGGGGGUCUUGCCGAGGAGUCCGUGCGGGGCGGUGUCGUCGGUCCAACCUUCGCCUGUCUGAUUGGCCUGCAGUUCCAAGACCUCCGAAAGGGGGACCGCUUCUGGUUCGAGAACCGCGGACAGUUUACAGCAGCCCAACUUGAGGAGAUCAGGAAGACCAGUCUGGCCCGGAUCCUGUGCGACAACACGGACGGCACCACACAUAUGCAGCCGGACGUCUUCAGCCUGCCCACACAGCCUAGGAACGAGAGGGUGGCGUGCUCCUCUCUGUCCCAGAUGGACCUGACCAAGUGGCAGGAGUAA